UUGCAGCUUAUACGUGCCAACAUGAAGAAGAUUGUGUUGAAGGUUAUCAUCACAUGUGGCAAGUGCAAGGUCUGUAUCAUGAAGACAGUCGCCAAAAUCUCUGGGAUCACCUCGAUAGCUUUGGAUGUCGAGAAGAGCACGGUGACGAUUAUUGGUGAAGUGGAUGCCGUGCUCAUAGUAAAAGAACUGCGAAAGGCUGGAAAGAUGGUGGAGAUUGAGAGUGUUGGGCCGCACAAGAAGGAUGACAAGAAGGAUGAGAAGAAGGAAUGCAAACCCCUGCCUCCAUGUUGUAGCGCAUGCAAGACAGUGGCCCAUGGCAACAUUGUAUGGUAUGAAGACUCGAAUGCGUGCACCAUUCUCUGAAGGCAUCAGCAUUAUCAUUGAUAGGCUUCGUGGCCUUUACCUGCUGCUUUAGUUUCCUUGCAACCCUUGGUGUUGAACGCAUCCUUGGUCCGUUUAUCUUAACAUUAUAAAUACGUACAUGUUUGCUUUCUUCCUGGAUAUCAAAAAUUUGGCGCCAUUUUGUGGACGCUAAAAAGAAUUAGAAAG